AUGUGCAGGAUGAGCACUGUUGAAAAUAUACCUUUUCGAGUCAUAGACGAGAUUCCACUAGGACUCUAUAUGUGGUGGAACGACCUGGGGGAGGUCAGCAAGCGUUCUGUGACAAAGGCUUUAGGUGGGCUCACUGGUCUUCUGAAAAUUAAACCAAGGGUUGAUAUAAUCGAAGCUUUGACACCGUUUUGGGACCCGACACAUAAUGUUUUCCACUUCUCUGAUUUCGAGGUGACCCCUACACUAGAGGAGAUAGCAGGUUAUCAAUAUCCAGUAGCACCAAGAACUGUAACCCCUCAUAAGUUUUUGGACCUCCUCAGUAUUAGCCGGCAGGUUAAAGAUAAAAAUUUAGCCGGAGGAUUCUGCAUAUUCCGUUUCUUAUACAGCCAGUAUGGGGACCCCCACAGAUUUGAGGCUCCGGACACUGGUUUGAAUAAUCAGGGAAAUAAAGACAAAUGGGAAGCACACAAGGUUUUGACCUUUGUGGUGGCAUUUUUAGGCACUCUGAUAUGCCCAAGGAGUGACAAACAUAUAGAAUUGGGGCUCGCAGGAGUGGCCGACUUUAUGGUCAAAAAGGCCAAUGGCACUAUCAUACCGAUGAUUCUCGCAGAAAUUUACCGAGCUUUAACCGCUUGUCGAGCAGGGAUAAAGUUUUUUGAGGGUUGCAACUUGCUUUUACAAAUGUGGUUGGUAGAACAUCUUUCUCAUCGCCCAGGUUACAUGAACUACGGUCUGACCAGACUCAAUUGCAUCAAAGAAUAUGAAAACCAAGUAAACGGUCAUGAGUUGCCAGAAGGUUUCGUGUAUUUGGGUUCUUUAAACUCAAAUCGAAUUGAGUGGACUUUCGGUUGGCUCACGGUCGAUGAAGUUAUUUACAUGUCCGUCGGAGUGUGCUUUCUUUUAUUAAUGGGUCUUCGGAGUAUUCAGCCAUAUGCCCCGCAUCGGGUCCUACGCCAAUUGGGCAGAUACCAAACAAUCCCCUAUGACAAAGAUUUGAGUCCACAGGUUAUUGAACUAUGCCCAAAAGCCAUAUUUCCAGAAGAAAAGGUUCGUCAGAUUUGGCACCAAUGUAGGUUCUUGGAACCACAGACUCAAGUACGAGAUUUGUCCAUGGGUGAAGUAGGAUCCAACUACACCAUAUGUUAUGGUAAAAGAAGUCGGGUCGAUCAAGAGCCAGAACUGCCCGCCAAAAGGUCCCAUGUCCAACAAUUCACCGAUGGAGCACGAGAGCAAUGGGUUUGGUUAGCUAAAGAAAAGGAAUACCGGACUAUUAUAAAAAAACUAGAAGAACAAAUUGAAAAUAUCAAAUUUGAUAGUAGUUUGCAGGCAGCUGAAGAUGAAGGGGAAAAGAAGAGGUUGGCUAGGGAAAAUGAAGCCCUUCGAGCCCAAAUCCAGAGAAUGAAAAUAGCCGCCGAGACACCGGUAAGAAGUGAGAGAGAUGAGAAAAUUAUAACCAUCCUAAGGCGGAAAAUGCAUGAUUAUGGUUUUGACUUGACAAAGGCUGAAAAGGACUGGUUAAAUGCUCAAGCAAAGUUGGCCAAAAGUGCAAAAGAACAUGCUAGAUUAGCCUACCAGUUGAAGUAG